AUGCUUGCAAGAGUCCUCAAGUCAACCCAGUCACAGUCCUCGUCAGCGUCGACAGCCACCCAGUCUCCCGCAAAGUCGUCCCAGGCAGACUACCCCUCCUCGUCCGCCUCCAGCAUGCCCAACACGGCCAUCCCCCCCUCCCCCUCAAAGAUCCCCCGCCCAGCCGGUGGGUCCGCCACCAAGGAGAAUGCUGCUCCCAGCGAGACCGACCGCUCGAGCUACCUCUCCUUCCUCUGGCAGGACAAGGGUGCCGCAGCCACUCCCGCAGCUACCGAGGACGUCCCCAUGCCCACGUACAAGGGCGCCAGCGGCCUCAAGCCCCUCGCAACUGCCGACAAGGCAGACAAGCCCCACCAGUACCACUACAUUCAGCCGGCCCAGCAGCAGCGUCUUGGUGUCCCCGGCGCCCGCUUCAACGAAGAGGACGUCCGCAUGCGCACCGCCAAGGCCGAGACCACCAAGGAGCGUGGCCUCGAGCUCUGGGAGCGCGAGCUCCUCGAGUCGCCCGAGGUCAGGCGCAAGGCAACUGUCGCUCAGAUCUACUUCCUCGACUACUACUUUGACCUGCUCGGUUACAUUUCUGACCGCAAGCGCCGUCUCGACAACUUCAAGCAGGACACUGUCCGCCGUAACGUGACCGGUGACGCACACGCCAAGGAGCUUUCCAGCUACAACGGCCGUGAGCGUGUCAUUCUUCGCAAGCGCCGCACCAAGCUCCGUGUGGACCAGUUCCGCAUGAUUGCACAGGUUGGCCAGGGCGGCUACGGUUCCGUCUUCCUCGCCCGCAAGGUCGACACCAACGAGGUGUGCGCUCUCAAGAAGAUGCGCAAGGGCACCCUUGCCAAGAUGGACGAGGUCAAGCACGUUCUCGUCGAGCGUGACAUUCUCACCGCUGUCAAGACCCCCUGGCUUGUGCGUCUGCUCUACGCCUUCCAGGAUCAGGAGCAUGUGUACCUCGCCAUGGAGUAUGUUCCCGGCGGUGACUUCCGUACCCUCCUCAACAACUCGGGUGUCCUCAAGGAGGAGCACGCGCGCUUCUACGCCGCCGAAAUGUUUGCCGGUGUCAACGAGCUCCACAAGCUCGGCUACAUCCACCGUGACCUCAAGCCCGAAAACUUCCUCGUCGACGGCACUGGCCACGUCAAGCUCACCGACUUUGGUCUCGCCACCGGUGCGCUCAACCCGCAGAAGAUUGAACAGAUGAAGCAGAAGCUUGACCAGGUCUCGGACGACGACCUCGUCUUCCGUUCCACCCUCGAGCGCCGUACCAUCUACCGCUCCAUCCGCAUGGCCGAGCCCCGCUACGCCGACUCGGUCGUUGGUUCGCCCGACUACAUGCCCCCCGAGGUCCUGCGCGGCAAGACGUACACGUUCUCGGCCGACUACUGGUCGCUCGGAUGUAUCCUCUUCGAGUUCCUCUGUGGUUUCCCUCCCUUCUCGGGCUCAACCCCAGAGGAGACCUGGGCCAACCUCAAGAACUGGACUCGUGUCCUCCGUCGCCCGGUCUACGACCGUCCAGAGGACCUCAUCUUCAACCUCACCGACACUGCAUGGGACGCCGUCACCCGCCUCAUUGCGCACCCCAAGGACCGUAUCCAGACGCUCGCCGACGUCCAGUCGCUGCCGUUCUUCUCGUCUCUGCCGUUCGGCCAGCUGCGCCAGAUCCCAGCACCCUUCGUCCCCGUCCUCGACGGCGAGACUGAUGUCGGUUACUUUGACUCGUUCACCAACCCCGAGGACAUGGCCAAGUACGCCGAGGUGUUCAAGAAGCAGCGUGACGUCGAGGCCGUCGAGGAGAAGGGACUGGGUAACCGUAACAACUGGGUCGGGUUCACUUUCGGUCGCAACGCUGGCCCCCAGCAGCAGCAGUCGCGCAACCAGCUCAAGCCCGAGGGCGAGCCUCUCGCCACCAUCUUCUAG